AUGGCUUCACCAGGCGAUGGCGGGAUCAAGCUCGAGGCCCUGCCGGCUCUGAGCCCAGAGCUCUACCAGCGCUCCUGGGCCUCGAUACCGCAUCCAACCCUGCCACUCCUGGCCACCUGCCACUCCAAGGCCGUCACCAUCUACUCACUCUCCUCGCUCUCCUCGCACAGCACUCUGACUGGCGGCCAUGCCCGCUCCGUCCGCACCGCCGCCUGGAAGCCCGCCAUGCCCCCACACAAGCUCUGCCUCGUCACCGCCAGCUUCGACUCAACCGCCGCCCUGUGGCGCUGGGACGGCGACAGCCUCCCCCUGGCCCUGCCGUCCGACCCUGGCCCUUCCCAUCCCACCAGCCUCGAGGUCGAUGUCACCGCCGCGAUAGCCACCCGGUCCCCCCCGAGAGAUUCCGGCGCCUCUGACAAGGAUGACGACGACUGGGAGUUCUCCCUCGUCCUCGAGGGCCACGACUCUGAGGUCAAGUCGGUCGCCUUCUCCCCCUCCGCCCAGUACCUGGCCACCUGCAGCCGCGAUAAGACCGUGUGGAUAUGGGAGGACGUCGGCGCUAACGAGGCUGAUGAUGAGUGGGAGACGGUCGCCGUCCUCAACGAGCACGAGGGUGACGUCAAGUCCGUCGCCUGGUGCCCCGACGUGCCCGGCCGCUCCGCCAAGGGCAAAUAUGGCGCCGACGUCUUGGCGAGCAGUAGUUACGACAACACCGUGAGAAUCUGGCGCGAGGACGGCGACGGGGAGUGGGUAUGCGUGGCUGUUCUGGAGGGUCACGACGGCACCGUGUGGGGUGUACAGUGGGAGGCCGAUCCGGACAGAAAAGCAUUUCCGCGGUUGAUGAGCUUCUCGGCGGACAAGACGAUCAGGAUCUGGACUCUCAAGGAGGACGACGAGGAGGAGGACAGCGGCGAUGGGAAGAAUCCCAUGUUCCGCCCUGGUCUGGGCGGCAUCCCCAGCACGAUGCGCCGCUCUCUCAGGGAGGACUGGGAAUGCACAGCUGUGCUUCCCGCUGUGCACAAGAGGGACGUGUAUUCUGCGGCAUGGAGUGCCGCGUCCGGCCUCAUUGCCAGUACAGGAAGCGACGGGAUCAUCGCUGUCUACAAGGAGGAUGACUCGGCCCCCGGCCGCGGUUCGGAGCCUACGACGGAUGGGACAGGGCCUUCAGAACAUGCUGAGAACGGCGAGGCCGCCGCCGCCAAGGACAGCUCCGAGCCCCCAAGGUGGCGCGUCGUGGGCAGUGUGGAGAAUGGCCAUGGGCCCUACGAGAUCAAUCAUGUCACCUGGUGCCGCAGGUUCGACUCUGGGACCGAAAACCGUGGUGUGGAGGAAAUGCUGGUCACUACAGGUGACAACGGAGUGGUCAAGCCAUGGCAGGUGAUUGCCUCUUAG